AUGGACGUGACAAAUGUUUUUAAGGCAACUGUAAAGGCCUUAAAAUCACGUCGAAAAAAGGACAUAGCUUCUAAUAAUAAUAAUGUGGAUCUUAAGCAUCCUUUGGUCAAACAAUCCAGCCAAAAGGAAGAUUUCGAUACGAAAGCUAAGAAUGUGAUGCAAAACAUUAGUAAACUUAAAGAAUUUCUGCUUCUACAUCGGAAGGAAUAUGUCUCUGCUGGCAGCCAUCUACUCAAUGGGUCCAAAAUGGAAGACGCUGAAAGAGAUCAGAUUGACCAGGACUCGGAAAAAAUCAUUAAAGCUUGUCAAGAAACCAUUAAACAUUUGAAACAAGAAGCCAGUGCUCAGAAAGUUCUGCCACAAGUGAGACAGCACAGAGACAGUGUCUUCCUCCUCAUCGAAGCCUAUUUGAAAUCCGUCUGCAAGAUGUACAGUGAACAGAGAGCAGUCCGGGUGAAACGUGUUGUUGAUCGGAAACGCAUAUCUCGACUUGAACCAGAGCUGAGGUUUCGAGGCAGCAUAAAGAAGAAUGCAACAGACGAUCCAUUAAGUCAGAAGAUUUCCACUACUACCAAAGUUGUAGAAGGAGAAUCUGAAUCUGAGAGGGACAUAGCAAAAGUGUCAACAAACAUCAAGAGCACGGAUACGGUUAAGAAAGCUUCAAAAUCACAGAGUUGGGAAGCCACAUCCUCUACCGAUGAAGAUGAUGAACUCUCUACUGAAGAAGCACAAAUGUUUGAACAAGAGAAUCAGGCUUUAGUGGAGGAGAUGAAUAGUUUGAUGUCUGAAGUGAAGGAAAUUGAAGGCAAGGUUGUUGAGGUUUCACGGCUACAGGAGAUUUUUGCUGAGAAGGUGUGGGACCAGGAAAAAGAAAUUGACCAAAUUAGUCAUGUUGUUGCUGGUACAUCUGAAAAUAUCAUUUCUGGCAAUGAACAAAUUCGGGAGGCAAUGAAAAAUAAUGCCGGUUUCCGUGUUUGGAUUUUAUUCUUUAUAGUUGUGUGUACAUUUGCUUUGCUUUUCCUGGAUUGGUACAACAACUGA